AUUACAUUUUUAUUGCAAUAUCCUCUGGAAAGUGAUGCUCGUGAGCUUCUGGCUGCGCAAGAGGAAGCCAUAUCUCGCUUGUGUGAGCUAUGCUCCAAGCCGUCCUUUUUGCGCGUUUUUGAUUGGUCCUUGGAGCCGAUUCCAUGGCACUGGGCGUCAGCACUGCAGUUGCUGCAGGGUGACCUGCAGACUCGUCCAGAGUUGCAUAAUCAGCUCCUCAAUGCCCUAUGUAUGGGCUGGGAAGGCAGCAAUGAUACGCAACGCUUCAGCUUCGCGACAACGAUCAUCAGCAACGUCACUGCCAUCCGCAACCAACGAAACCGCGUUGAGGCCUUAGCACCGUUGCUGCAGCAGAUUUGGAGCUGGCGCUUCUCCUUCCAAAUCUCGCGGUCCUCGGAGACGGAACAAGUUCAAGCGGCCUGGGCCUUGAGAAUGAAGAUCUCCUUGCGAAAGCAGGCGGAGCAGUUGCUCCUUUCCAAGAAGAGGAAAAAACGAGCUGCUGCUCGAGCUUUGCUGCAACACUGGGCGAAUCAGACGGAUGAGUUCAGAUUGGAGUUGCUUUGCAGCUCUGAUCUUCUCCUCCGUACCCUGCAGUACCGGCCCCAUCAGCUGCUGCUGCCGGGCCAUGGCUGCGACGGGAAGCUGGGGCACUUGCAGCGCUUGGUGGUGGAGUUUCAGGUGCCACUGCAUCUCCUGAAGGAAACAAAGGCGAGCCACGUUGCGGCACCCUUUUUCCAUUGGCCACCAGAUUUGCAGGCUGCAUUUGCCAAUUUCUGGUGCUUGCCCACGCUGACAGAGCACGGUAUGCACAGGUCUUUGAAGCCGGCUUGCAACGAGCACGUCAUCGUGCGCUGCGCCCAGCUUUUCUUGGCCCUGCCAGACGUGGACCACGCACCGCUGCAGCGGCUGAUAGACGUCUGCGCCCGUCAGCUGGACACGGGCGAUGCAGGGACGGAGCGCACGGAGCGCACGGAGCAGGCCUUGCUGCGCGGCAGCUGUGGUCGGAUCCUCGAUCAGUUGCUGCUGCUCUUGGCAGCCUCCGACCGGCCCAGUGCGGUGCUUCCGAUCUUCGAAAGUCACCUGGGCCGUGGUGUUUCGAAGCAAGCGGCGCGCAGCUUCCAACGCCUCUUGCGCCGCACGGCGCCCGUGGAAGCGCAGCAAACCUUGGCCAAGCUGUUGGCAGCCGAGUCAGGCUGCCUAAAGGUGGCCGAGCAAGUGGCCCUGGUGCGCCUGGUGGGCGAAUUCCUGGGGAAGGCGGCCGUGGAACCACUCAAGGCCAUUUGGCAGAAGUGUCAUCGAGACGUUGCCGGCGCAGUGUUGUGCCAGUUCUGUCAUCCCAAGGUCUCCUGCGAUGCAUCGGCUGCUGUGGUGGAAGAUCUGUGCAUCCAAGUGAAAGCAGGUAGCAGGGAGCCUUACCAGCUUCAGAUCUUGUUGCAGCAUCUCCAGGGAAAUCCCUGUGACGAUCGCGUGGCGAAAAUCCUCGUGACGACCGCGGGCGGUGCAGAUCCUACCCUGGCAGAACUUGCCCUGGGCGCACUGGCAUGUUGGUCCAAGCAGCAGCUAAGCUCGACUUCCACAUUUGCAGCGGUGGCAGCAGUAGCUAGUGAGGUCCUUUGUCGCUUUGACGCUGGAUGGCAGGUGGCUGCCCCUUCGGCCAUGCGUUGCUUGAUGCACUUGGCCGCGGCCGAAGCUGAGCUGCUCAAGAAAGGCCUCUGCACCUUAGCCACCUUAACCUCGAUGAAAGCAAUGCGGCGCUUGAGGCAUAUGGCGGAGCUUCUCGUGGAGGAGGCAGACCCUACAGUCCGAUCCGCGGCCGCAGCCGCCCUGCUGGGCAAUGUCGGAUGCGGUGCAGCUGUGCGAUGGGGACUGGAGUUGUGGGCGAGAGAUUUGCAUUGGAACGAGGCCACGGGGCUGUUGCAGCAAGUGGCGCAGCUUCCAACGGAUAUCCGGGAGGAGCCGCUGUUCCUGGCGCCGAUGCUGCGAAGCUGCAAGGCCUCACUGGCGAGGGAAACACUGGAAACACUUCAGCUGAAGGAUACGGCGCUUCACCUGGCUUCAACGCUUCCCGAGCUGCCCAAAGGCCACGUGGAAGCCAUCAUGGUGCUGCUGCUGGCGAUGGAUGCGGAAGCACUGGAACCAUGCCUGGAAGAACGGACGCCAUCUCUGGCCCUACAGGUGCUUCUCGCAGACUUGCAAGAUGCCGGGAUGAGCACUGGCCCCACAGUUGCGGAGGAUGAGGACUUUGAGGACGAGGAUGAAGACUAUGACUAUGAAUGAUUUUCUGACCCUCAGGACAGACGGUGGCCCCCCAACCUCGCGCGUCUUGGAGAACGUGGUCCGACAAGGUCCGAUGCAACAAGGACCAGCCCCCGUGAUCAAGUCGCAUCACGAGCGCCGCACCCAACUUUCCUAGAUGAAGUGGGAGAAGCGGUGCGUUGCAACAGAAAA